UAAAAAAACUCGAGAAAUAAGUUUAAAAAAUAAUUUAGCUUGAAUUAUGUUUAUCAAGAAAGAUUGAAAAUCAUGAAAAUAAGCUGCCCGGUGAAUAGUGUAAAUAAGCUAAUCCAAGGUAUUCUACAUCUACAUCUGAUACUUCACUCUGUUUAAAAGCUGAUUUGUUUUCUUGUAUCAACACAAAAUUAUUUUUCUAUUUGUAACUCAAGUCUUCAUUUCUCUCUUACCUUUCCUUACUAUUUUUGUUAUUAACUUGUUCUUUGUGAUAUUUUUUCGUUGUAAUUAGUGAGAUGAGCUAUCAACUUUAUCGUAACACCACUUUAGGACACACUCUGCAAGAGAGUCUGGAUGAGUUUGUUCAAUGCAAUCAGAUAACCCCACAGUUGGCUCUUAAGAUUUUGGUUCAAUUUGACAAAUCAAUCAAUGUUGCUUUGGCUAGUAAAGUUAAAACAAGGUUAACUUUUAAGGCUGGUCAUCUCAGGACAUAUCGAUUUUGUGACAAUGUAUGGACCUUAGUGCUGAAAGAUGUUGAAUUUAGAGAAGCCCAAGAACUGAUCAAAGUCGAUAAUGUAAAAAUAGUCGCUUGUGAUGGUAAAAGUCCUAAUAUCAGGGAUGAGAGAGAUUGAAAAGAGCCACUAAUUACUUGUAGCCAGAGAGGGACUAACCAGAGUUACUGGUUAUGCUAACUAAGGCGAAUCUUUGGAAAUAAAGCUUUUCAUAAUUGCCCGACAAUUCAUUAUUUUUAAAAUUUUUAUCAUAAAUCCUAUUGUCCUUGUAUAAUGCUUAAUUUGCUAUGAUGUCCGAUUCCCGAGCAAGAGUGAUUCAAAUAUAAAAUCAAUCCAUGGUUAUUAUCACAAAAAAUUCUUAUAACUACAUUCAUGUAUGUAUUCAUAUUCUUCAAAUGGUAUUAGGUUGUUGCAUAUGAAAUGAAGUGAAUGAAAGUUUGUAUUUCAAA